CUCGAGAACGGCCCGAGCAAGCCAGCCGCAUCCGAUUUCCCGUGCCAGCCGCGUCCACGGUUGCCGACAGCGCCCUGGAGCCAUGCAGAGUGCCGACCAGCGCCUCGCCGUGGCCGAGGCGCAGCUGGCCAUCUGCGCAGCGGAGGCGGCCAGCUCGCGCCUCGAAAUCCAGCAGCUGCGCCAGCGGCUGCGGCAGCGGGGCGUCGACGAGCUGCUGGCGCAGCAGCGCCACAGGCUCCAGCGCGCGCACGCGGAGGAGAUGCGGGCCCAGGUGGAGCAGGAGGAGGACGCCUUGCGGGAGCAGCGGGAGGAGCUGGAGGCGCAGUUCGAGGCGGACUUCGACCGCCUGCGGCAGCGGCAGCGGGGCGUCGACGAGCUGCUGGCGCAGCAGCGCCGCAGGCUCCAGCGCGCGCACGCGGAGGAGAUGCGGGCCCAGGUGGAGCAGGAGGAGGACGCCCUGCGGGAGCAGCGGGAGGCGCUCGAGGCGCAGUUCGAGGCGGACUUCGACCGCCUGCGGCGGCGCUUCCGGGCGCAGCUCGAGGCCGAGCGCCAGCGGGCGGCCGCCGCCCUGCAGGCCUCGGAGGACCGGCUGGGGGCGGUGCGGGCGCAGUUGGCGGCCAGCGCGGACCACCUGCCCAGCGUCCCGGAGUUCCCGAAGCUCGGCCGCCCGCCGUGAGGCAGCCCUUCGUGGCCGGCGGCUGGCGCCGCAGAGGGAGGUGCCGCUGGAGAGGCCGAGGCCCGCGCGGCGCGGGCGCGCGGCAGGCCGCUUGGCGGCGGCGCGGGGGGCCCUGACUGGCAGGGGUGCGCGGCGGUGGAGGCGGCCACGGGAGCGUUUUUGUUGCCUUCCCCAGGGUAGCGUUCGUUGCCCAGGCCAAGCACCCCCGCAUAGGCAGCACUAGCGAUCCAUUUCCACUAGCAGUCUGCAGAUGUUUACACUAGCUGCCCGACCUUAGUGCAUGUUGGGUUUUUCGUCCUCGUGCCCCGCUGAGGCACCCAUGCUCAGAUGCUCAGUGCGACGAGCAGGGGCUGAAGCAGGGCAAGGCACCGCGUCGGGCCGACCCGUCCGCAUCACUUCCACUAACAGUCUGCAGAUUUUCACAGUAGCUGCCCGACCUUAGUGCUUAGUGAGUUUUCCUUUCUCGUGCCUUGCUGAGGCACUCAUGGCGGCUGGCCGACCCGUCCGCCUCACAUUCACUAACAGUCAGGAUAUUUACCCUGCUGCCUGCGUCAAGUCCCGCCACCGCUGUAGCCCAGCAUUAUGGGUGGCGAUUGUCUUGGAGAGGGCACGGUCGGGCGUCGCGUGUGGCAUUUCGUGCCCCCAGGCUUGGGAAAGCCGUGCUGAGGAUGAUGAUGGGG